AGGGAGCGUGACCCAAGCAGCUGUAACUCCGUGAUGAUGCGGGCGGCGUGUGGUUCCUGAUCUUGCCUUGGCCAGAAUGCCGGGGCAUGUGAAAACAAUGUCGACCUGACGUCGGUCCCCUUUACAACUGACUGCAUUCCUCUUGUGACGCUCCUUGAUCUCCUUUCCAUUGCUCUGUUUCCCUUUCUCUCCAGAGACCUUCUACUUGUACUACCACUUUCUGUGACUCGCAUAGGCAAAACAUUCCCAUCUUUCAUUCUAAACUGUCCAGGUCAAGCGGGCCACAAUGUCCAAACGAUUCUCGACUGCUGAUGUUGCUUCGCACAACAAGGCAGACAACCUCUACAUCAUCGUCGACGAGGACGUCUAUGACUUGACCAAGUUUCAGGACGAGCAUCCAGGUGGGAAGAAGAUCCUGCAGCGUGUGGCUGGCAAAGAUGCCUCGAAGCAGUUCUGGAAAUACCACAACGAGGGGAUCCUCAAGAAAUACAAGGGCAAGUUGCAGGUCGGAUCGUUAGACACCAAAAAGGUCGAGGCACCACCAACGCCCCCUGCUACACCUCCCGCGGAAAAGGUAUCGGAGAAGAAGGUCCGUCCACAAGCAGAACCUGGCACUGUCGCCCCUGCACCGGGUCCGGCUGCUCCAGAAGAAGCGGAGGCACUGGAUCCCUUUGGGUCGCUUAUUCCCUUUGGCGACCCAAGCUGGUAUCAGGGUUACCAUUCGCCCUACUACAAUGAGACUCACGCUGCCCUCCGUGCCGAAGUCCGAGAAUGGGUCGAGAACGAGCUCGAGCCCUACGUGACUGAGUGGGACGAAGGCAAGAAGGUGCCUGAGAAGAUCUACAAACAGAUGGGUGAACGAGGCUACCUGGCUGGUCUUUUGGGAGUCAAGUACCCGACCCACCUGGUCCAAAACGCCGUCAAGAGCGUCCCCCCGGAGAAAUGGGACCUGUUUCACGAGAUGCUCCUGACGGACGAGCUGUCGCGAACCGGCUCUGGCGGGUUGGUUUGGAACUUGAUCGGAGGCUUUGGGAUCGGGUGCCCGCCGCUGGUCAAGUACGGGAAGAAGGAGCUCGUCAACCGCAUCCUGCCGGGGAUCCUCGCUGGGGACAAGAGAAUAUGCCUGGCCAUCACCGAGCCCGAUGCCGGUUCCGACGUCGCCAAUCUCACUUGCGAGGCCAAGCUGUCCGAAGACGGCAAGCACUUCAUUGUCAACGGGGAGAAGAAGUGGAUUACUAACGGCAUCUGGUGCGACUAUUUCACGACCGCCGUGAGAACCGGUGGUCCGGGGAUGGGCGGCAUCAGUCUCUUGCUGAUCGAGCGCACCGAAGGAGUCAGCACCCGCCGGAUGGACUGCCAAGGUGUCUGGAGCAGUGGAACCACCUACAUUACGUUUGAGGACGUCAAGGUGCCCGUGGAGAAUGUGCUGGGCAAGGUCAACAAAGGGUUCCAAGUGAUCAUGACCAACUUCAACCACGAACGAAUCGGCAUCAUCAUCCAGUGCCUGCGCUUCUCGCGUGUCUGCUUCGAAGAGUGCGUCAAAUAUGCGUCCAAGAGGAAGACGUUUGGGCAAAAGCUCAUCAAUCACCCUGUCAUCCGCAUGAAGCUCGCCCACAUGGCGCGCCAAAUCGAGGCCAGCUACAACUGGCUGGAGAACAUCAUCUACCAGUGCCAGCGGAUGGGCGAGACGGAGGCCAUGCUCCGGUUGGGAGGUGCGAUCGCGGGGCUCAAGGCUCAAGCUACAACGACGUUCGAGUUCUGCACCAAGGAGGCGGCUCAGGUGUUUGGUGGCCUGGCCUAUUCGCGAGGGGGCCAAGGUGGGAAGAUUGAGCGAUUGUACCGUGAUACGCUGGCCUACAAGAUUCCGGGCGGCAGCGAGGAGAUCAUGCUGGAUCUGAGCAUGCGACAGAGCUUGAAGGUGCACAAGGCGCUGGGCAUGAAGUUGUGAUUUGGCGGGCAGAUGUACUUGUACUGAGCACAACAGCUCCCAGUGUGGGAUUCAACCAGUUCCAACUGUGUAUUGUAGCGCCUAGUCUCUGCUCUGGUUCGAAGGAGCGUACUGUAGGAUUUCUCUGCUUGGACUGGUGACGCGAGCUGACCAUCGUGACCAUCUCUGGGACCCUGGCCAUGUCACAACGCAGGCCGUGGAAGUCCCGGCUCGAGCAGGCGAGA